CUCCAGUCCACUUGGUGGCUGCACACAGUUUGAAUAUAGCUGUUCCCUGCUGUUAAUCUUCAAUGAAGAGUCAUGUGAGGUACACAUCAGCUAACAGUGCCGAUGAAUUUGUGUACUUUUAGAGUGUUUGCGUAAAGGAUCGCCGUUCUCUAGUAACAAUCAUGGGUCCUGCCAAAUGUCACCACACCCUCAGAUGAGGACAUUGAUUUUUGGAGCGUGGGUGGUGUUUUACAUCUCUUUUCUGCUUCUUAUGCGAAGAAUGUGGACAGGGAAGUACGUCCGCAGUCCUCUCGCUCGAGCACUUUUAGUCAACAUGGUGUCAGAGAGCGAAUCGGGUUCUGAAAUUCAAGAGUGGUACCGCUGCAGUCCUGACUUAUUGGGGGAUGAGAUGAAACCCCUAUUCGUGCAGAGCGUGAUGGAUGCAGACACACAGGCUUUUCUCAGGAAAAGCGAGGAGAAGUCUGGCUGGAUGUUCACUCAGCUCUAUCACUCCUUCUUUUCCACCGUCUUCAGUCCAAUCAUGUCGCGAACCUCCAUUAACGGGUUCCUUGGCCGAGGUUCCAUGUUCGUGUUCUCGGCGGAUCAGUUUCGCAGGCUCCUCGGCAUCGGACCAGACUGGAAAACAGACAGGCUGCUGGAUCUGGGGGCUGGGGACGGGGGGGUCACCAAUGUCAUGGGCUCACAUUUCAGAGAGAUCUAUGCCACAGAGGUGUCCAGCCCAAUGAAAUGGCACCUCCAGAGAAAAAACUAUAAACUGCUAGGAAUAGACGAGUGGCAGAAAACCGGCUUCCAGUAUGAUAUCAUCAGCUGUCUUAACCUGUUGGACCGUCUGGACGAGCCUCUUGAGCUGCUGAGGGACAUGAAGCAGUCCCUGGUGCCAAAGACAGGCAGGAUCAUCCUGGCGGCAGUAGUCCCCUUCCAGCCCUAUGUGGAAAUAGGUGGGAGGUGGGUACGCCCCAAAAAUCAUUUGAAAAUCAAGGGGAAGACCUGGGAGGAACAAGUGACCAACUUAUCCAGUGAAGUCUUCUCAAAGGUUGGGUUGGAAGUGGAGGCAGUGACUCGGUUGCCAUAUCUGUGCGAAGGAGAUAUGUACAAAGACUACUAUCUGCUGAAUGAUGCAGUAUUUGUACUAAGAGCUCAGGAAUGAAGUCUAACUUGCCCUCACUUCAGCGGUUGGUGUCAUAUCUGGUAUCAUGGGGUUUUGCAAGGCCAAACAAGAAUGCUGGUUUACCUUUCUGUGUGUGGGAGAAGGGUUGCUGUUGGUAACAGGAUUAUACUGUAAACAAAUCUCUGUGAAGUGAUUUGGUUUAACGGAUCUAAAGAUUUUCCCAUGAUUUAAUUUAUGUGUUGAUGAAGUGGUCUCUAUGAUAUACAGAGGCUGUUUCAUUGUGCCAUCCACAAGUUCUGCAUUUGUCUUUAAAAAACAAACACUGUAGUAUUCUUGUACUGUAAAUGGAUCACCUGUCCAUAAAGGUUAAUCUCAAGCCUGGUUUUCAGUUAAAAUCACAUUCUUGAAGUAGUGCCUUUGAAUUAAGUUUUUCUUUUGUAUAGCAAAUAGAAUACAUUUUUACUUUAAUACUGUCACGUUGUUGAAAAAAAGAUGAUGUAUUUGAGGUUGUUGUUGGUGAACAAAAGAAAAUCAAUACAAAUAUGCAAGGACCAAUGGGAAGACUUGUCCUGUACACUUAUGGGCAAGUUGACUCCAGUAAGCACCGUCAACACAUCAUUCAAUAAAAACAUUUGUAUUCAAUAAAA